CAGAUCAGAACCCAGAGCAUGGAUCAGAACCAGCUGAAAAAGGUUCUGAUGGUCUGUUGAGACCGGACUGAGCAGCCUGAUCGGUUCUGACCCAAUCUGACCCGUUCCCAGUGAUUCAUCAGAGCGUUACGCGAGCGGCGCCGGCGCGGCCCGGUUCAUCUGCUGCAGCAGAUGGUCCCGGGUCGGGGAGGGGAGAGGAGCAUUUAAUCCGGUCAGAGGUUCUGGUUCCACUCAGCAGAACCGCUCGGCGCCAGAACAGAACUGAGCUCCAGCUGCAGAAUCUCCAGAACCUCCGUCUACAGAACCGGUUCCGUCUCUGAGGAAUGUUUAGCUGGAACCGAAUAUUGGACCGGUUCUGAACUGCUGGAUCCAUUUGGAUCAGAACUGGUUCUGAAUUGCAGAGGUGUAGAGUUUCUGCCACCUGAAACUGCUGGUUCUGGUUCUGGUUACCUGCAGCAGGGACAAGGUCCGAUUGUCUUAUCAGUUCUGGAGAACCGCUGCGUCAGUCAGGGCGGGUCCGGGUCAAAGGUCAAACAGAUGGAGCAGGUGAGCUGGAGCUCAGAACCGGGUCGGGUCCGGUGGAUGCAGCAGCUGGAUCCAAACAGAACCGUCUGUUUCUGAUCCAGACCAGACGGAACCGGGCCGGCAGACAUGUACGUCCUGUGCACCCUGGCCGUCCUCAUGUUCCACAGCCUUCUCAGGAAGCGGGUCGGUACCGGGCUGGACAGAACCUCUGAGGCUGCAGGGACGGAAAAGAAGGUUCUGGAGGUUCUGGAGGAUGGAGUCGGGUUGGCGGGCCGAGGGAGGACCGGAGGGACGGAGACGCUGUCCUCCAAUAGGAGACGGGUCCAGCCGGUCCAGCGGUCCAGCGCUCUGCUCGGCCCAGCGGUCAUGUUUGGAACCAGACAGAGUUGGGACAUCGCUCACGCCCCCUGCCUGCAGGAGCUCUGGAAGAAAGACCUCUCAUUGGACGCCAGCUCAGUGGACUUCCUGAUGAGUGAUGGUGAAGACGACGGCUCCUUCCUGUCUCUGCCCGCCACCGCCUUCUCACAGCGCCCCCCUCUGACCGCGGAGCUCAACGCCAGCUCAUCCCACCAGCUGCUCAUCCAGACUCUGCAGGACAAGGUGUGUGAGCUUCAGGUCCGUUUUGGCUCGGAGGAGGUUUCCUGCCAGCAGACGGGGGGUGGAGCUUGGGCGCAGGGGGAGGAGCCUUUGCUGGCCACGCCCACAGGUGUGAAGCCGAAUCCGGACCUUUUCAGCCGACCCGAAGAGGAGCAGCUCGUCUCUCGGCUGCACACACAGGUGGCGGCGCUGGAGCAGAAGCUGCUGGAUCGAACUCAGGAGGUGGAGAGACUGCGCUCGGAACUGGGGGCGACAGACCUGGAGAAGCAGCUGGAGCGGCUGCUGGUGGAGAACGAGCGUCUGAAACAGGAGCUGAAGUCACGCAGGAGCUCAGAGCUUCAGCCUGACACGGCGGCGGACGGCUGCAGCCGCUGCGGCCAUGCUCAGGAGGCGGAGGCGCUGCGGCGGGAGGCGGCGUCCUGGGAGAGCCGGGCGCGACAGCGGGAGCAGCGGCUGGCCGAUCUGCAGCAGGAGCUGCAGGAGAGCAGCUGCAGGGCGGAGGUGCUGCAGCUGCAGCUGGACGACAGCAGGAGGCGCCGCAGCAAGGGAGAGCAGAAACUGCAUCUGCGACUGCAGGAGUGUGAGGAAGAGCUGGCCAGACAGGCGGCGGCGCCCCCUAGAGUCAAGGUGGUGACCCAGACGGUGCAGGUGGAGUCGGCGGACUCGCAGAAGGCGCUGGUGGAGCUGCAGGUGAAGAACGGGGCGCUGCAGGAACAGCUGUCGCUGCAGAGGCAGCUGCUGCAGGAGCUGGAGGCGCAGCUGCACGACUCGCAGCGCACCUGCACUCAGCUACGAACUCAGAUCCACGUCUACGAGGGCGAGAUGCAGCGAGCGCAGGGCCAGCUGGAGGCCGACAUGCAGAGCCUGGAGGAGGAGAAGAACCGCCUGAUCGAGGAGGCCUUCAUCCGGGCCGAGAGCGAGAUGAAGGCCGUCCACCAGAACCUGGCAGGUGUGCGUCUGAACCUGCUCAGCCUGCAGCCGGCCCUGCGAACUUUGACCUCUGACUAUAACUGCCUGAAGAAGCAGGUCCAGGAUUUCCCCUCAAUGCUGGAGAAAGCAAUCAGUGAGGCCAAGCAGGAGAUCUGCCAGGUGAUCGGCGACGUCAGCAGCACCAACCAGGAUCUGCUCAGGAAGUACAAGAGGGAGAUGAACCUGAGGAAGAAAUGCCACAACGAGCUGGUCCGCCUCAAAGGUAACAUCCGGGUGUUCUGCCGGGUCCGACCCGUCAGCCAGGAGGAACUGGACUCGACCGACGCGGGAACGGCGCUGAGCUUCGACUCGGACGACGACGCCGUCCUCUACCUGUCCUCCAGGGGAAAGGUCAUGACCUUUGAACUGGACAAGGUCUUCCCUCCGCAGGCCUCGCAGGAGGAGGUGUUCCAGGAAGUGCAGGCUCUGGUCACUUCCUGUAUCGACGGCUUCAACGUCUGCAUCUUCGCGUACGGACAGACGGGAUCCGGGAAGACCUACACCAUGGAGGGCGUGACCUCUGACCCCGGCAUCAACCAGCGCGCGUUGCGCCUGCUGUUCGCCGAGGUGACGGAGAAAAAUCUGGACUGGGAAUAUCGGAUCGUCGUCAACCUGGUGGAGAUUUACAACGAGACGCUGCGCGACCUGCUCAGGCAGAAUCCCACAGACAAACUGGACAUCAAGCUGAACCCGGACGGCAGCGGACAGCUCUACGUCCCCGGACUGACGGAGAUCGCGGUCCAGAGCCCCGAGGACAUCAACAGGGUGUUUGAGCUGGGCCGGGUGAACCGGGCCACGGCGUGCACCAACCUGAACGAACACAGCUCGCGCUCCCACGCGCUGCUCAUCAUCACCGUGUCUGGGUUCAACACCACGACCGGAACUAGAACACAAGGGAAGCUGAACCUGGUGGACCUGGCCGGUUCGGAGCGGAUCGGGAAGUCCGGAGCGGAGGGCAGCCGGCUCCGGGAAGCGCAGUGCAUCAACAAGUCGCUGUCGGCGCUGGGUGAUGUCAUCAGCGCGCUGCGCAGCCGACACGCCCACAUCCCCUUCAGGAACUCGCGGCUCACCUACCUGCUGCAGGACUCUCUGAGCGGAGACAGCAAGACCCUGAUGAUGGUCCAGGUGUCUCCGUUGCCUGGCAACGUGAGCGAGUCGGUGUGUUCGCUGAAGUUCGCUCAGCGCGUUCGCAGCGUGGAGCUCAACUCUGCCGCUUCGUCCAAGAGACACGAGAACUCGUCCACGUCGUCCUCGCCCACGCACGACAGCCUAGAGCUGGACUCUCCCCCCGUCACGCCGGCGCCCCUCCCCAUCUCCCGGGCCAGCAGCGCCGGCUCCACGCUGUCCUCGGCCUCCAGGACGCCCAGCGGAUCCCGCAGGCGCUCCCAGUCGCAGCUGGCUGCAGGUCGGAGCGGACCCAGAGACGGAGCGCCUCCGCUGUCCGUCUGCCCCUCUUCCUCUGUUUCCUCAUUCUGUGCUCUGAUUGGUUGGUUUCCAGACAGAGCCGGCCCGUUGCUAGGAGACGGCGGGCAGGACGAUUGAAGCCGAACGCCUGAGAGACGCAGGACGUCCAGAACCGACAGUACUUCUGCCAGUGGACCGGACCUCACCGAAUCGGGCCAGAACUGCUGCUGGAGUGUGAGGACUUCUGACGUUGAAGAAGAGCAGACUCUUCCUCCUGAACUGAACGAACUGAACAGUUCCUCUCUAGAGAACUGAGUCCUCAGAAUUUCUUCUGUUGUUUUUGCACUUUACUCUGAGGUUGUUUCCCAGCAGCAGCGCCCCCCGCAGGCUGCAUGGUUUUUAUUUAGUUGAACUUUGACCUGUAAAUGUUGUGAUCUGGUUGGAUCUUAUUCGCGUUUGGACUCUGGAGCGGUUCUGCUCCACAACCGGCCGGGAUCCGGUCCGUCUGUUUUCUAAAUGUUUUUAUUAAACUUCCUGAAACUUU